AUGGCCGAUCCUGAUUCACAGAGUACGUCGACGUCGGCGGUGUUGGUCACGUUGGUGUCCAACCUGAUUCUUUUGGGCUGCUUUGUUGCCGGCUUUUUGAUCCUCAGACUCAAGUUCAAGCGGAUCUACUCCCCCAAAUCCUCCUUUGAUUUGGUGCCCGAGGAGAAGAAGCCCGAACCGCUUCCUCAGGACCCCGUCAGAUGGAUCUUUGUGUUGCUCACGAAACCACACUCCUUUAUUCUCCAGCAGUGUGGCAUGGACGGCUACUUCUUCUUGCGGUACCUUAUCAUAGUUGCCUUCAUCUUUAUGGGAGGCAUGUUGACCUGGAUCAUCUUGCUUCCUGUGAACGCCACCAACGGCAAUGGCCACGAGGGCUUGGACCAGCUUUCCUUUGCCAAUGUUAAAAGCCCCAGAAGAUACUAUGCCCACGCCUUCAUGUCCUGGUUCUUCUAUGGCGGUGUCAUUUACAUGAUCUACAGGGAGCUCUUCUUCUUCAACUCGCUCCGUGCAGCCGUCUUGCUGUCGCCUCGCUACGCCAACAGGUUGUCGUCGCGUACUGUGUUGUUCCAGUCGGUGCCUGACGCUUUCCUUGACGAGAAGCAGUUCAUGAAGCUUUUUAACGGUGUUAAGCGUAUCUACGUCUCCAGAAACGUCCGUAAGUUGGCCCACAAGGUCAGACAGAGAGAGAACAUUGCCAUGCAGUUGGAGGCCGCCACCACCAAGCUCUUGGUUGCUGGAAUGAAGGCCAAGAAGAAGGCCGACAAGAAGGGUAUCCAGGUGGACAAUCCAGGUGACAUCAACUCGUACGUUCCCGAAAAUAAAAGACCCAGAGUCAAGGAGGGAGGCUUCUUCUCCAAGAAGAUCGACACGAUUGAGCACUGUCGCCAGAGGCUUGUGGAGUUGGACAUGGAAAUUAAGAAGCUCCAGAAGGUGUAUAGGCACGCUACCCCAAAGAACUCGCUUUUCGUGGAGUUCGAGGACCAGUACAGUGCCCAGCUCGCCUACCAAAGUGUCAUCCACCACAACCCAUUGAGAAUGACCCCAGCAUACAUUGGCUUCAACCCAAGUGACAUUGACUGGGACAACAUGCGUCUUUUCUGGUGGGAGAGAAUCACCAGGAAGUUCAUUGCCCUGGCUAUCAUCAUUGCUUUGAUCAUCUUCUGGGCUAUCCCCGUGGCCUUUGUCGGUGUUAUUUCCAACAUUAACAACUUGACCGAAAAGCUUCCAUGGUUGGGUUGGAUCCAGAACUUGCCUGACUGGUUGCUUGGUGUGGUCACUGGUUUGUUGCCAACCAUUAUGUUGAGUUUGUUGAUGACCAUCUUGCCUAUGUUCAUCAGAGCGAUGGCAAAGAUUGCAGGCUGUGUUUCUUUCCAGCACACCGAGGACUUCACUCAAACAUGCUACUACGGCUUCUUGCAGGUUAACAGUUUCCUUGUGACUGCUUUGGCCUCUUCUGCUACGGCUGCAGUCACCUCCAUCAUCAACAAUCCUGCUUCCGCCAUGACUCUUUUGGCUGCCAACUUGCCCAGAUCCUCCAACUUCUUCAUCUCAUACCUUAUCUUGCAAGGUUUCACUAUUGCCGGUGGUGCUCUUUUCCAGGUUGUCACUUUCUUCUUGUUUUACAUCCUUGGUGCCUUGUUGGACAAGACACUCAGAAAGAAGUGGGGCAGAUUCUCUGGCUUGGGUUUGGUUAUGUGGGGUACCACCUUCCCGCUUUUCACUAACUUGGCUGCUAUCACAUUGGCUUUUGCCAUUAUUGCUCCAAUGAUCUUGUUGUUCGGCUGUGUGGCUUUCCUUCUCUCCUUCAUCGCUUACAGUCACAACUUGACCUACUGUUUCGUCGAGGCUCCUGACAACAGAGGCCUUCACUACCCCAAGGCAUUGUUCCAGACUUUCACCGGUCUCUACUUGGGCCAGGUUUGUUUGUUGGGUUUGUUCGUUGUCGGAAAGGGUUGGGGCUGUGUGGCCUUGCAAGCUAUCGGCCUUGUAUUUACCAUCUUCUGCCACCGUAACUUGCUCAUUGCCUUUGGUCGUUUGACUACUGUGCUUCCAAUCGAUUGCAUGAAGCCAUUGGAUGGUGUCUCGCACACAGUCUCGUUCAAGGGCGAGGCCGACUUCAAAUCCAAGAUCUUGGAUAAGCAGAAGGGAUCUGGACAUCACAUCCUUGAAGAAGACAAGGAGGACCAGGCCAGAGUUGAGGAGGAGGCUGGUCAGCUUGAGAAUGGCCACAACCUCGUGCCCUUGUUGGCUGACCGUGACUUCAAGACCACCGAAUCCAAGAACUGGUUUGUUCGUUUCGUACGUCCCGACGUCUUCUUGAACUUCAGACACAGUAAAAGGAUGAUCCCUGCCACUUACAACAUGGAGGAGGAUGUUGCCGAUGACAAACAUGCAUACGACCAGCCGGCAAUCUCUGCACAGAUGCCCAAGCUUUGGAUUCCUAGCGACCCAUACGGAUGGUCUAGGAGGGAGAUUGAAGACAACGAAAAGAUCAUCGAGGUGACUGACGAGAACUCUGGUUUCAGCGAGAAGUGCGUGCCACAGUUCUUUGGUGAGUCUCCUCUCUAG